AUGCGUGCCUAUGUGAUCGAGAAUGUUGACUUCUGGCAGAUGAGUAUUCCUACAAAUGUAAAUUGGUCAUUCAAGUACAUUUUGAGAAUCAGACCUACUGUUCUUCAUCUCUUUUCUGGCCCGAUUCAAAGCCUGAGUAUUAGAAGUAUUUGGGAUGACAUGCACAUUAGUACCCCCAAAGUCUCUUGGCAGCAUCUUGUCUGGUUCCCUGGGCGUAUCCCUAAGCACAACAUUAUAGUGUGGAUGUCCAUUCUUAAUCGUCUCCCUACUCGUGUUAGGCUUCUUAGAAUGGGCUUAAAUAUUGAGAAUGAUAAAUGUCUUAUGUGUGGUGUUGUGGCUGAGUGCAGAGACCAUCUGUUCUUUGGCUGUAAUUUUACAAAGGACUUAUGGGGAGCUAUUCUUGCUUUGUGUGGUUUGUAUAGAGGUGUUAGUGGAUGGGAUAGCGAAUUGGCUUGGGCAAUCUAUUGCCUUAAGGGCAAGUCUCUCAUUGUGAGAAUAUUUCGGCUUGCUUGGGCAGGUCAUGUCUAUAGCAUUUGGACGGAAAGAAAUAGCAGACCCUAUGGGGGUAGAGCUCGACCAGUGGAUUAG